CUCGAGGCCGUUUUGGCUCCAGACCUGUGCUCCAAGGCUUUGGCGGGUUGCCAGCCCAAAGAUCUGAUGUCUUGAUCCCUUCGUGGCGGAACCCCCAGAAGUCCCGAGCCGCCCCCCCAGGACUCUCUCCUCGUCGUGAGCUGGUGUCUUGACGGCCGUGGGGCCUGGCGAGGGCCCCAGAAGCCGAAACCGGGAAACGCCUCCGCCUUGAUCAUGUCAAUGCGUCGGUAAUACAUCGGCGCGUCCCGGGUCCGCGCGCUCGGGUGCCUCCCCGUCUGCGCGACCCGCGCCCGUUCUGGACCGUGCGCGCAGCGUUGCGCGGCGCGGCCAGGCAUGGUCCGUGCCGGAGGCAGGGGCGCGCCCGAUAUUGGCUGGCUGGGCUGCUGCGGGCUGGCGGGGCUGCUGCGGGCUCGUGCCUUCUACCUGCCGGGGGUUGCCCCCACGGAGUAUCCCGAAGGAAGCCCCGUCGAACUGAAGGUGAACAAGCUCACGAGCGUAAAGACGCAGCUCCCCUACCGAUACUACGUGCUGCCCUACUGCACUCCCGAUGAGAUCCACGUGGCUGCUGAGAACCUUGGCGAGAUUCUGCUCGGCGACUCGAUCGAAAACUCCAUGUUCGACAUCAAGAUGAACGUCAACGUCUCGUGCGCGAACCUGUGUACAAGGACGCUGACCGUGGACGAGAAAAACAGGUUCAGGAACAUGAUAGACCACGAGUAUCAGGUCAACCUGCUGGUGGACAAUCUGCCGGGUGCCAUGCGGUACUACCGCCGGGGAGACGAGGGCUUCUCCUACACCAACGGCUUCCCAGUGGGUGUGAAGAAGGAGGGGAGGUAUUACGUGAACAACCACGUUCGGGUGGGACUGCAGUACCACGUCGACCCAAGCGAAUUUGAGGGCUUCCGUGUCGUGGGCUUCGAGGUGUUCCCGCAGAGCCUGGUCCACCGCAAGAGCGCGGUCGGCGAUGUGGCGACGUGUGAGGAUGCGGACGACGUUUCGCCUCACUGGGACCUUGCCGAGCACGAUUCCAUCGUCUACAGCUACGACGUGACGUGGACGCCGAGUAGCGUGCGCUGGGCCUCCCGCUGGGACACGUACCUCAGAAUGCACGAGGGCCAGAUCCACUGGUUCUCGAUUGUCAACUCGCUGAUGAUAGUUCUUUUCUUGGCCGAGGGCCUCCGAUUCCUCGUGUUCUGGCUGCCGCCGCGCAGUGCGCUCUCGCGUCGGCUCUGCGCGGCCGUGCCUCGCAGGCACCCCGGGCAGUCUCGUUAUCCGCCUCAUGGACGGGAGUUUCGCCUCAAUUCUGUCGAGAAGCGCCUCAACGUAACCGAGAUCAGAAUCGAAAAGUUGGAGAACCUCGUCAAGCAGAUUUCGGACAAGGCUGGCACCCUCCACGCGCCCUCCCAGAAGGAGCGGGCAGACGCGCUGGCCGAGUACUUGGAGAAGGCUCAAUGGUCAGUGCGGCCUUUGGAGCCGCGUAUGGGCGACUCGUGUUUGGGGCCCGAGCUUGACGUCGACUUGCGCGACAUUUCUGGGGGCGAGAUGGUGACGGCGGCGGCGAAGCUCAUGGACACUGCCGAGGAGACGGGCUGGAAGCUGGUGCACGGGGACGUUUUCCGAAAACCUCCCCACUCGAAGGCGCUCGCCGUGUCCGUUGGCUCGGGCAUACAGCUGCUGGUCUGCGCCGGCGUCACCCUGGUCUUCUCCGCUGCCGGCCUCCUGUCGCCAGUGCACCGAGGCUCCAUCCUGCAGGGCCUGCUGCUGCUGUUCACGUUCGCGGGGAUCAUCGCGGGGUACGUAUCCGCCCGCUUCUACAAGAUGUGGAAGGGCGAGGACUGGAAGAAAACGACGCUGUUGACGGCCUUCGUCUACCCUGGAACUGUGUUCGGGAUAUUCUUUUUUCUGAACUUGUUCAUCUGGGGCACCAAGUCGUCGGGAGCAGUACCUUUCACCACGAUGUUUGCGCUGCUCGUGCUGUGGUUUGGCAUCUCCGUGCCGCUGGUCUUUCUUGGCGCGUUCUUCGGGUACAAGAAGGCGCCGAUCUCUUUGCCGGUGCGCACCAACCAGAUUCCGCGGCAGGUGCCCGCACAGCCGUGGUACAUUAGCGGGCUCUUCUCCUCGCUCGUGGGCGGCAUCCUUCCGUUCGGCGCGGUGUUCACGGAGCUCUUCUUCAUCAUGUCUUCCAUUUGGCAGCACCAGUUCUACUACCUCUUCGGUUUCCUGACGCUGGUGAUCAUCAUUUUGAUGGUGACCUGCGCUGAGAUAUCAAUCACCCUGACGUAUUUUCAGCUCACGAACGAGAUCGGGCACUACGUGGGGGCGAUGCUCUAUUUCGGGUACAUGUUCACGAUCUCGUACACGUUCGCACUGCUGACGGGAGCAAUCGGCUUCAGCGCGUCGUUCUUCUUCGUGUGGAUCAUCUAUGGCUCCAUCAAGAUCGACUGGGCGCCCAUCGACAAGACUGGAGGGGUCUUGGAGAUGUCUCUGGCCGUUGGCGUGCUGGCCGCAAGAGCGCCUACCUGCCCUGAUUCGUCCAUGAGUUCAGGGGUGGAGUGCGUGUGGUCCUUGCUCAUUGUCACCGUUACAGGCGUUGUGGCAGUAUCGUAUUGGAGCGCCCCCGGAAAGGGGCGAGCGAUGGCCACCGGCCUGAAGGACGUGGAGGCGUCCCGGCAGAAGAGCAUGCUGAGGUCCCUGCAGCAGCAGGACCCCGACAUCGAGCAGGUCACCAUCUUCUCAAAGUUUGUGGUCGUGUAUUUUCUCCAGCAGGACGGGCCGAACCCCGGCUGGCGAAAGGGGAACAUCGAGGGGCCCGUCUUCCUCGUGCGACGAAAAGCGGGGCCCAGGUACCAGCUGAAGGUGGUGAACCAGUUUAGCAUCAACGACCUCGUCGACGACCGUGCGCCCCCCCCGCGCGCGCCUGCUGAGGGGAGGCGCAUCGCUGCAGAACACGAGCUUCACCUGGUGCAAGACGAGAGCUACGGGUAUGAGUAA